UCUCAAUUGGUAGGAUGGAGAUCUUCGCGAAGCAAGGCCUCUUUCGGGCCCACGUGCCAGGUACCAAGCAAGCUACUCCAGGCCUCUUUUGUCACCAGGUUAGGCUGUAUAUUCCCUUGAGGAGAGAUCAAGCCCCACGCUUGACGUCUGGGCUGCCAGGGUGGGCGGAGACACUGAGAUGGGGCGCGCCCAUUCGGGGAGCGGUCCCCAAACCUCAGCCAGGGCCUCUCCUUUCCCCGGAAGGAAACCAGGGUAGAAGGGCGGCUGGGGUGCCCCAGCACGCCUCACCUGCAGGGAGGAUACGUCCCGGGCUUUGAUCUUCUGUAACACGGCCUGUUCGAGGCAAAGCGUGGAGUCGCCUCGUUCUUUUCUGUCUGCCACCUACUCGGCGUUUCCACGCAGCUAUCUCCGGGCGCUGGCAAGUGGGGGGACACCGGGGACAGCGAGGGGCCCCUCCACCCGGCGUCCAGGAGGCGGCGACAAGGCGGGGAGGGGCCGCCCGCCUCCUGGGGCCUGCGGCGCGCGUGAAUCAGUGUGCAGAGCGCGGCGCACGGACUCGGCUGGCUCGCCCUGCGUGCGGGGAGAGGAUGCUGGCAGGCUGCCCCGGCCUGGGCCCGCCAUCCGCAGCGUGAGCCACCGCCGUCCUCUGCGACCACGGAUGCUGAACCACAGCCCCGCGCCUCUACCGGCCCGACCCGGGGCCUGACCGCAAGGGGACCCGCGCACAGGCUCGGGGCGGAGGAGCUGGCGCGGCGGCACUGCGGGAAGCAGCCUGCGGCUCGCUGAAGCCCGCUUGGCCCGGCUCCGCAGCCCUGGUCCGGAGCGCGCGGCUCCCGAGUUCCCGCACAGUUGCAGAUGAUCGGUGCCACCUGUGUCCUGGGAACCCACUAAACAUUCCAGCUCCAGUUGGACGCCCUUCACCCACAACCAAGGGGAGCCUCCCCGCCUUCCCAGGCCUUAACGAAGCCCUGGUGAAGUGGCUUGACCUGGACUUCUCCCUCCCUCAUUAGAAGCAGCCACCAGCCAACAUGCCGAGGAACCAGGGCUUCUCGGAUCCCGAGUACUCGGCAGAGUACUCAGCUGAGUACUCAGUCAGCUUGCCCUCUGACCCCGACCGCGGGGUCGGCCGGACCCAUGAAAUUUCUGUGCGGAACUCUGGGUCCUGCCUGUGCCUGCCUCGCUUUAUGCGGCUGACCUUCGUGCCUGAGUCCUUGGAGAACCUCUACCAGACCUACUUUAAAAGGCAGCGCCAUGAGACACUGCUGGUGCUGGUGGUCUUUGCGGCCCUCUUUGACUGCUACGUGGUAGUGAUGUGCGCGGUGGUCUUUUCCAGCGACAAGCUGGCGCCCCUCAUGGUGGCAGGCGUCGGUCUGGUGUUGGACAUCAUCCUUUUCGUGCUCUGCAAAAAGGGGCUGCUCCCGGAUCGAGUGAGCCGCAAAGUGGUACCCUACCUGCUGUGGCUGCUCAUCACAGCCCAGAUCUUCUCCUACCUGGGCCUGAACUUUUCGCGUGCCCACGCAGCCAGUGACACUGUGGGUUGGCAGGCCUUCUUUGUCUUCUCCUUCUUCAUAACGCUGCCACUCAGCCUCAGCCCCAUCGUGAUCAUCUCCGUGGUCUCCUGUGUUGUGCACACGCUUGUCUUGGGGGUCACGGUGGCCCAGCAGCAGCAAGAUGAGCUAGAAGGGAUGCAGCUGCUGAGGGAGAUCCUGGCUAACGUCUUCCUCUACCUGUGCGCCAUCAUCGUGGGCAUCAUGUCCUACUACAUGGCAGACCGUAAGCACCGCAAGGCCUUCCUGGAGGCCCGCCAGUCGCUGGAGGUGAAGAUGAACCUGGAGGAGCAGAGCCAGCAGCAGGAAAACCUUAUGCUUUCCAUCCUGCCAAAGCAUGUGGCUGACGAGAUGUUGAAGGACAUGAAGAAAGAUGAGAGUCAGAAGGACCAGCAGCAGUUCAACACCAUGUACAUGUACCGCCAUGAGAAUGUCAGCAUCCUGUUUGCAGAUAUUGUGGGCUUUACCCAGCUGUCCUCUGCUUGCAGUGCCCAGGAGCUCGUGAAACUACUCAACGAGCUCUUUGCCCGCUUUGACAAGCUGGCGGCCAAAUACCACCAGCUGAGGAUCAAGAUCCUAGGCGACUGUUACUACUGCAUCUGCGGCCUGCCUGACUACCGGGAGGACCAUGCCGUGUGCUCUAUCCUGAUGGGGCUUGCCAUGGUAGAGGCCAUCUCGUACGUGCGGGAGAAGACCAAGACCGGAGUGGACAUGCGUGUGGGGGUGCACACAGGCACUGUGCUAGGUGGCGUCCUGGGCCAGAAGCGCUGGCAGUAUGAUGUAUGGUCUACCGAUGUCACUGUGGCAAACAAGAUGGAGGCUGGUGGCAUCCCAGGGCGCGUGCACAUUUCCCAGAGCACCAUGGACUGCCUGAAAGGGGAGUUCGAUGUCGAACCUGGUGAUGGGGGCAGUCGCUGCGACUACCUAGAUGAGAAGGGCAUCGAAACCUACCUCAUCAUUGCCUCCAAGCCAGAGGUGAAGAAGACAGCUCAAAAUGGCCUCAACGGCUCGGCCCUGCCAAACGGAGCACCGGCAUCCAAGCCCAGCUCCCCUGCCCUUAUUGAGACCAAGGAGCCCAAUGGGAGUGCCCAUGCCAGCGGCUCCACGUCAGAGGAGGCCGAAGAACAGGAGGCCCAGGCUGACAACCCCUCGUUCCCCAACCCCCGCCGCAGGCUGCGCCUCCAGGACCUGGCAGACCGUGUGGUGGACGCCUCUGAGGACGAGCACGAACUGAACCAGCUUCUUAACGAGGCCCUGCUGGAGCGGGAGUCCGCCCAGGUGGUAAAGAAGAGAAACACGUUCCUCCUAACGAUGAGGUUCAUGGACCCAGAGAUGGAAACACGAUACUCCGUGGAGAAGGAGAAGCAGAGUGGGGCUGCCUUCAGCUGUUCCUGUGUGGUCCUUUUCUGCACGGCCAUGGUGGAGAUACUUAUCGACCCCUGGUUGAUGACAAACUACGUGACCUUCGUGGUUGGAGAGGUUCUGCUCUUGAUCCUGACCAUCUGUUCGAUGGCUGCCAUCUUCCCCAGGGCAUUUCCUAAGAAGCUCGUGGCCUUCUCAUCUUGGAUUGACCGGACCCGCUGGGCCAGGAAUACCUGGGCCAUGUUAGCCAUCUUCAUUCUGGUUAUGGCCAAUGUUGUGGACAUGCUGAGCUGUCUCCAGUACUACAUGGGACCUUACAACGUGACAACCGGGAUGGAGCUGGACGGUGGCUGUAUGGAGAACCCCAAGUACUACAACUAUGUUGCUGUGCUGUCCCUCAUCGCCACCAUCAUGCUGGUGCAGGUCAGCCACAUGGUGAAGCUGACGCUCAUGCUGCUCGUCACAGGCGCCGUGACCGCCAUCAACCUGUAUGCCUGGUGUCCUGUCUUUGAUGAAUACGACCACAAACGCUUUCAGGAAAAGGACUCUCCUAUGGUGGCCUUAGAGAAGAUGCAGGUCCUUUCCACCCCUGGGCUCAAUGGCACUGACAGCAGGCUGCCCCUGGUGCCUUCCAAGUACUCGAUGACUGUGAUGAUGUUCGUCAUGAUGCUGAGCUUUUACUACUUCUCACGCCACGUGGAGAAACUGGCCCGGACACUGUUCUUGUGGAAGAUUGAGGUCCAUGACCAGAAAGAACGUGUGUACGAGAUGCGCCGAUGGAACGAGGCCUUGGUCACCAACAUGUUGCCAGAGCAUGUUGCACGCCAUUUCCUGGGCUCCAAGAAGAGAGAUGAGGAGCUGUACAGCCAGUCUUACGACGAGAUUGGAGUCAUGUUUGCCUCCUUGCCCAACUUUGCCGACUUCUACACUGAGGAGAGCAUCAAUAAUGGUGGCAUCGAGUGUCUACGCUUCCUCAAUGAGAUCAUCUCUGAUUUUGACUCUCUCCUGGACAAUCCCAAAUUCCGGGUCAUCACCAAAAUCAAAACCAUCGGCAGCACCUAUAUGGCAGCUUCUGGAGUCACACCAGAUGUCAACACCAAUGGCUUUACAAGCUCCAGCAAGGAGGAAAAGUCAGACAAGGAGCGCUGGCAGCACCUGGCUGACCUGGCAGACUUUGCACUAGCCAUGAAGGACACGCUCACAAACAUCAACAACCAGUCAUUCAACAACUUCAUGCUGCGCAUAGGCAUGAACAAAGGAGGAGUUCUGGCUGGAGUCAUUGGAGCCCGGAAGCCACACUAUGACAUCUGGGGCAACACGGUCAAUGUGGCCAGCAGGAUGGAAUCCACAGGGGUCAUGGGCAAUAUCCAGGUGGUAGAAGAGACACAGGUCAUCCUUCGCGAGUAUGGCUUCCGCUUUGUGAGGCGAGGACCCAUCUUUGUGAAGGGCAAAGGGGAGCUUCUGACCUUUUUCUUAAAGGGGCGGGACAGGCCAGCUGCCUUCCCCAAUGGCUCCUCUGUUACACUGCCCCACCAAGUGGUGGACAACCCCUGAACAGCCCUGGCUCCUCAGCGGUCCACACUGGAAGGGAGACAUUUUGGAAGCAGAGAAAAGCUUUGGGAAAGGGCAAACGACCGAGUCCCGGGGUUCCCAACUGUUGAAGUGCACAUUCCCAUAGACUUUAGGUUUCAGAUUUCCUCCAGCCUUCCUGUGUGGCUGUGAGCUCUGAGCGUGGCUAUUCCUACUCCUCAGUGUGCCUGUAGCUUCCCCAAAGCAGGGGUCUAGGCAUAGUACUGGAGCAGCCUUUCCAGAGCCUUUGUUCCAGCUCAGCCCUUCACCCCGAGAGAGGCCACAGCCACUGUGAGCAGGAUGCCAGCACAUGUGGGAUGAAGCUGCCUGUGCUGCAGGGUGGGGGCACAGGCUGGGCUCAGGGCCGAGAAGGCUCUGCGCCUGGCUGCGCCCUCCUGUCUAGUUAGGUCAAUGGCCCUUACCCCGAUGUUCCUGAUAAUCUUGAAAGGUUCUUCUGGAACCCCCGUGUCACCUUAGUCACGAGAGCAGAAAGUGCAAUAUUUCCUUUCACUUGGUUGGGAAGGGGGGUUAUUUCUGAAAGAAAAAAAAUAUAUAAACAGAUCUUCUACAUUUAUAUUUUUAACCUGUUCAAAAAACAACUUUCCAAUAUUGCCUUGUCUUCUGAGCUCUUGCUACAGUCGCCUUUGCUACUGCUUUAACAGAGAAUCUGCAGGUGUUGAUAAAGAACAGGACUGUUUUAUUAAAAGCUUUACUCAACUUGA